AUGACGAAGCAACAAGCGGUCGAGGCAUUGGACAAUAGCAUGCGCGACAUCAUGGGAAUACGCGACCGACCCUUUGGAGGAAAGACUGUUGUUUUUGGCGGGGACUUUAGGCAGGUGCUUCCGGUCGUCAGAAGGGGGUCGCGGGGCCAGAUAAUUGAUGCAACCCUCCGAAGUUCUCAUCUAUGGAAGGGCGAGGUUGACGACCUGGAGAAGCUUAUUGACCAUGUGUUUCCGAGUCUAGAUGACAACAUGUCUGAUUCGAAUUACAUGACAUCUCGCGCAAUCCUUUCCACGACAAACGACAACGUCGACAAGAUAAACAUCCACAUGAUAGAGUGUUUUCAUGGAGAUGAAGUAAUCUACCAUAGCUUUGACAGUGCGGAGGACGACCCAUAUGGCUACUACGCUCAGGAGUUUCAGAAUGGAUUGACUCCCAACGGUCUUCCUCCGCAUGCACUCAAACUAAAGCUGAACUGCCCUAUCAUACUUCUAAGGAACAUUGAUCCAGCUAAUGGACUGUGUAACGGCACUAGGCUUGUUGUUAGAUGUUUUGAGAGGAACACCGUUGAUGCAGAAAUCGUGAUUGGACAACACGCUGGCAGGAGGGUCUUCCUUCCUCGGAUACCUCUCUGCCCAUCUGAAAACGACAUGUUUCCAUUCAAGUUUAAGAGGAAGCAAUUUCCUAUAAGGCUUAGCUUUGCUAUGACCAUUAACAAGGCUCAAGGGCAGACCAUCCUGAUUGUUGGUGUCUACCUACCCAAUCCCGUGUUCUCUCAUGGUCAACUCUAUGUUGCUUUGUCUCGAGCCACCGCAAAGAGAAACAUAAAGAUACUCAUUCAAAAGGAGAAGCCGAAGGAGAAGGCCAACAAGCAAAAGGACAAUCCAAAGAAGCGAAAAAGACCGACCGUGUCCUUACUGACCUCGAUGAAGAACAUCGUCUACAAGGAAGUCCUUACAGGCUGA